AUGACUGAAUCUUUGUCCCUGUAUUGUUUCAGAUGUGAUCGUGCAAAAUCCCAUGCAGAUUGUACCGGUUCCAUUAAGUGCUCUGACUUGGACAGAUACUGUGUGUCACAAACCCAGCAAGGACAUGGGGAGGAGCUGAUGAUUGGCAAAUGGUGUUCGCUGGAAUGCCCCCAAUUCAGCUUGGAAGCUAAAGGGGCCAACAUCUCCACAGAGUGCUGCCAGACUGAUUACUGCAACAGCGGUGGGCCCAGCAGUGUGCAAAGCAUCAGUGCUCUAGUGAUGGUGGCAACCCUCGCCAGCUUCUUCUACAUCCUCCAGAAAGGGUUGUGA